AUGGCUUUGUGUAUUUUUGCCUUGUUUUUUUCUGUUACUGCCGCGUCAGCCUACAGCCUUCAUCCCUCUCAGUAUUCAAGCAGCAAUGUGAUGUACCGCGACGUUGCCGUCAUUGGCGGCGGUGCAGCCGGGACCUAUCCUGCCAUUCGACUGGGCGACCUGGGCCAGAGUGUGGUGUUGAUCGAGAGGAAGGCUGUUCUGGGAGCCAAAACUGAGGCCUACCAGGAUCCUUCCAACGGCAAUAUCAUUGACUACGAGUCAACCUUUAUGUUGGAGACAUGCCAUGUGAUCAGGGGCUUUCUUAUUCACUGUUUCACCUUAGCCACGUUCGCCCGACCUCCACCGAAGGGUGAGGUCACCUCCUCGCCUGCCACCAGUCACUAUGGCCCCGACCCCAACAACCACCCUGACCAAAAAGAAUUAUCCCACAUCAUCAGCAACCUAGACUUUGGCUCAGACGGCACCGCUCCCCUUGUUAUUGGUACCGAUGGUGUCCUCCGAACUCUGACAGAAGACUGCGAGGUGAUAGAUGCCAUUGGCCUUCCACCUCGACUGCUUAAAGCUUUUCUCGAUCGGACUCCAUUUGACCAGGGAAUGGAAGACAUGUUUCGCGGGGCAGAUGGAACGGAAGUGCCUCGGGAGCAGUGGUGGAAGCCAGAUCCAUCAUUAUUACCGCCACCAAUGACAGCGGAGGAGAAAGCACGGGUCGAGAAGGAUAAUGAGGAGCACAAGGAAAUAAUCCAGGAGAAUAUUAGGAAAAGGGAAAGAGGUGAAGUGAAACCGUGCGGCGUUGUUAUUCGGUCUGAUCAUGAUAUCAGUCCAAGGUAG